GGAGGAUGUUGGAGCUUUCGAUUUCUGCAGCAUUUUUGCUCCGUCACAUUCUAAUUUAAAAGUGUAAUUUUAAAAAAAGUAAAUAUUGAAUGUAUUUAUUUUUUCUAGAAAGUCUGCUAUUUUGGGGGCUUUGGAGAAUAACCCAUGGCUAGUAAGUUGUAAACUCACUGAUUUUUGACUCUUUUGUUGCUAUCUUCUAGAUCCACAUUGAAGAUUCACUGAACCUUUGGGUUACUUUUCUUUUGGCAGAUUGGAAAUAUUUCUGUCUUCACUUUCUAGAAAGCAUGGGAAAUUGUUUUACAACUCCUUGGUAAUCCUUGAGGAAAAUGUGGUAAGACUCAUCAAACCUCACCCUGCGUCCCAGCACCUGUGAGGACGCAAGGAACACUUAGCCAUUUAAGACCCUCUAAGUGACUGUUUAAGUUAUUGCAUGAGUGCAAAACCCUGACGCAUCUACGGAGGACAAGACUGCUGCAAUGGAGAGUAUUUCAAAUGAAAGUGACUUUUGGCAAUUAAACGAAUCCUUGAGGAACUCAAGUUUCGUUAACGGGACCGGUUUGUUGAAUAAAACAAACCCUCUGAAGCGGAAUGAAGAGGUAGCGAAGGUGGAGGUGACGGUGCUCGCCCUGGUGCUGUUUCUCGCGCUGGCGGGGAACCUGUGCGUCCUGCUGGCCAUCCACACUACCAAACACAGCCAGUCUCGCAUGUAUUACUUCAUGAAGCACCUAAGCAUCGCCGAUCUAGUUGUGGCGAUAUUUCAAGUUCUCCCUCAACUUAUCUGGGACAUUACAUUUCGCUUCUAUGGACCGGACAUUUUGUGCAGGUUAGUGAAAUACCUGCAGGUCGUUGGGAUGUUUGCCUCCACUUACAUGUUAGUUUUGAUGUCCGUAGACAGGUGUUUGGCAAUUUGCCAGCCUCUUCGUUCUUUGCACAGGAGAAAAGAUCGUUUCUAUGUCAUCGUUUCCUGGGUCCUAAGUUUGCUCUUCAGUAUCCCGCAGAUGUUCAUUUUCUCUCUGAUCGAGGUUGGCUCGGCUGGAUCAGGAGUGUAUGACUGCUGGGGAGACUUCGUAAAGCCUUGGGGAGCCAAAGCUUACAUCACAUGGAUCAGCCUCACCAUAUAUAUCAUUCCGGUGGCGAUACUGAGCAUUUGCUACGGGUUAAUAAGCUUCAAAAUAUGGCAAAACUUUAAACUGAAAACCAGGCGCGAGCAGUGUAUAAGCCUGACGCCCAAAGCCUCCAAAUGCAACACACUGGCCCGCGUGAGCAGCGUUAAGCUCAUCUCCAAGGCGAAGAUAACCACAGUAAAAAUGACUUUUGUGAUCGUUUUGGCUUACAUCGUCUGUUGGACACCCUUUUUCUCUGUUCAGAUGUGGUCUGCGUGGGAUCCAGCAGCGCCCCGUGAGGCCAUGCCCUUCAUCAUCUCAAUGUUACUGGCCAGCCUCAACAGCUGCUGUAACCCCUGGAUCUACAUGUUCUUUGCCGGGCAUCUCUUCCAGGACCUCAGGCAGAACUUUCUGUGCUGUUCCACACACUACCUCAAGUCCUCCCAGUGCCGCUGCGAGCGUGACUUUGACUCCAGUCACAAGAGCAACUCCUCAACCUUUGUCAUUAAGAGCACAAGCAGCCAGAGGAGCAUCACACAGACAUCCUCCACAUAAUCCCUUCUUCCCUUCUCUUCUCUCUCAAGCUGAACACCCUUCCUCUCAACCACAUGCAUCAUAUCUAGCAAUUCAACUCCUUCAGAUACACCUCGCAAGUUCAAGCCCUGAAGGGAAAAAAACAAAUCAAAGUCUUAAUCGUUUUAUUAACAGCACUUCACAGUUUGAAGUGGAAAUGGAAUGUGAAAUAGAAAUAUGUACAGAAAAUGAUUAAGGGUGUGGUAUU